GCGCACUGGACGCUACAGGCUGGGAGGAGCUUCAGGAUUUUUCCCACUUGUUUCACGCCACUCUCGGGUGAAGACUCGUUUGCAGAAGGAGAUACAGGGAAAAGGUGUCGGCCCAGUCUCGAGCAUCUCCUGCUAAAAUGAGCCCACCAGACACAUCCAACAGCACAGGAGAAGGGGAGGCUGGUGACACCGAUCCCUUGGUUCUGCUCAACGACAGCAUGGGUUUACACCCACCAGGUUUUCACACCGACAUCACCAAGCACCUUGGAGUCCAGAUCACCCUGAUCACAGCUUAUUCCCUGAUCAUCCUGCUGGGCCUGCUGGGGAACGCUCUCGUUAUCUACAUGAUCAUUCGCUACAGAAACAUGCGAACGGUGACCAACUUCUUCAUAGCUAACCUGGCCCUGGCAGACCUUCUUGUGAACACCCUCUGCUUGCCUUUCACUCUGGUUUACACUCUGCUGGAUGAGUGGAAGUUUGGGGCCCUGUUGUGCCACAUGGUGCCCUUUGCCCAGGCCCUGAGUGUGCACGUGUCCAUCCUGACUCUGACUGUUAUUGCUCUGGAGCGCUACCGCUGCAUCGUCUUCCACCUCGGUCGACGCCUCACAUGGCACUCCAGCUUCCUGAUCAUGGCAUUCACCUGGACUGUGUCUGCUGUCCUAGCAGCUCCUCUGGCAAUCUUCAGAGAGUACCGCAAUGAGGAGAUCCCCUCCAUCAACCUGCGCAUCGCCGUCUGCUCUGAGAAAUGGCCCCACGGAACCAGCAGGGAUGGAGUCAUCUACAGCCUCUCAAUGCUGCUCCUACAGUACAUUAUUCCUUUAGCCAUCAUCAGCUACGCUUACAUAUGCAUCUGGGUCAAACUGAAGAAUCACGUCAGCCCAUCCACCCGCAAUGACAGCAUCAAUCGCCGCAAAAACACCACAAAGAUGUUGGCACUGGUGGUGGUGGUGUUUGCAAUCUGCUGGCUACCAUUCCACGUGUUCCAGUUGGCCAGCGAUCUGGACCUGGUGCUCAGGUUCAAGGAGUACAAACUGAUAUACACUGUGUUCCAUAUCGUGGCUAUGUGUUCAACUUUUGCCAACCCUCUCCUGUAUGGGUGGAUGAACAAGAACUACAGAAAUGGCUUCCUCAUGGUUUUCCGCUGCGAGGAUAAACCAGAAUCUUUCCACCCAGAGGGCUCGUUCAGGACUCGCUCUCUGAGAGGACUGACUCUUAAUGGUCGUAAUGGUGGACAGCCUCCCACUGCUGUAUGAGGCUUAGACAGUUUAAAACGCCUGUAGAAUAUGAACACAUAAUGUGCACCUCUGCUUUGUGGUGCUUGCGAUUCGGCAUUUGACUUGAACGGUCUGAUCUCGAGUAUCUAUGUCACUGGAGUGGGCCCAAAGCUUUGCAUGCAAAUCGCUUAAUGUAAAGCUCUUCUUUACUUUGUGAACGGUACUAGUGAUAUACAUUUGUCAAACCUAAUUCCAAAAUGUGUUUCUGAUGUUUAUAUAGGUGUUAUUUAACUUGCUUCAGUGUGCAAUGUGUUUUCCUGUAAAUGUAGAAACUCUUGUUGGUAAGUAAUGUCAAAUUUAUUAUACUCACUGAAGGGAAGAUUAUUGUGACUGUGAGAAUUUUUAAUUUUUCACACUUGCUUUUCAAUUACUGUAGUUGGCUGUUCAAAAUAUUUGGAUGAUUUUCACCUCAUUAAUCCAAAUGAUGUGUUUUGGAUUAAUUACAACGUUCUAGCACAGUAACAUUCAAUCCUCGUCCAAGACAGCCAAAGGAGGGUAUCGCUAAUUUUCUACCCUGACAGGAAUUUAAUUGUCUGCACCUAGCAACCAGAUGUUCAUGAUUAAAUGGAGCAGCAGGACUCCAGGUUUCCAGAAGAAUCGUAUUGAAAGCCAGUGACUUGUGUGUAGAGAGAUCAACAAGUUAUUGAUAUCUUCAUCACAGAAUGGGAGGCAGCUGCUUUAAGGACAUGUAAAAAAAAAAAAAAACGGGCAUAGAAUGCACAAUUCUACUUUCAUUACACUGCAGCUUAAGUGUCCUUAUGUUGAUGGGUUUUAAAUGAACACAGGAACAUUCAUCAAUCACAGGGCCUCUGGAAACAAAAAUCCCAGAUCUGAUUCUAACCAGCAGGAGAGAUUAUGCUUUUGUGCCUCCAUGUCAAAUAAAGAGACCUUGACUUGGAUAGGAAUUGCACUGCACAAAAGAUAUAAACACAGCAUGCAAAUGGGUUUCUGACUAAAAGAAAAAUCUCAUUUCUUUCACGAUGUUAAAUUUAGCCAGCAGUGUGGAAAAAAUCAAGUAAUUGCACAGGUGACAAAUUCUCAACCAUUGAGUUAAUCAAUACUCCAGUCUUGUGUGGCUUUUAAGGACAAUGAUCAGAUAGUGUGACCAGCACACAGCACAAUCUUUGACCAGUGGCUUAAAAAAGGCCACCUUAAAAUGUGGCUUUAUUUAAAUGACACAAUGCCACAGAUGAAAAGAAGAGGGACGAGAAUGGGAUGUCAGUUAGGACCGUUUCCAGACACUUGAAUGUCAACAACUCCAUCAUUUGUUAUCAAAGAAAUAGUUUCAGACAGCUCUGGAUGGACAUGUCUGACAGCAUGAUCAGGUCUGCCAACUUUAUCAAGCCCUUCACACAUAAUGGGACUUCAUUCUGCACAUCAACAUAGACAGCUUCAUUAACUCUGUGCGUCACAAAUGUGUGACUUGUUAUUGACUCUCUGUUCUAUGACCCCAUUCUCCGUCUCCCCAUCAUCAUUUCCAAUAUAGUAGCACACUUCAUGACAUCAGUUCUGUUGUAGAGAUGCUUUGUGCUAGAGCCACAAAUACAUAAGAAUAGAUAGAAUAUCAUAAAAAUAUUCCAAACUAUGUUCAUAUUUUCAUCCAGUACAUAGUUAAGUAUGCCAGAAGAAUAGCAAAUGCCUGUUAGGUUCCUCUGGAUGGAUUGCAAAACUGAAAACACAGGCAUAAUGUAAAAAUAUGUUGAUCACCGUACACUGACUCAAUAUGUUUGGGUGCACAUACACUCUAUAUUUAAAAUAUACAGGAAACAUACUGUGACUAUCUGAAUCUGUCAGCUGAAAAAUCCAUCUGAGCAUUAAAAAAAGAAGGAAAGAAGUAAACAAAUCUAAGCUUUAUCAAAGUACACAUAAAUUUUUCGACUUAAUUUAGAAAAAAAAAGUGGGUCAAAGUUAAUCCAAUAAAGCGUUUAAUUAGCAAGAA